AUGUCGGCGACGCCGCUGCCCCCACCGCCGCCGGCCGACGGCCCGGCGGCGCUCCCGCCCCCGCCGGGGACGGACAUGACGGGGAUCUGCUUCCGCGACCAGCUGUGGCUCAACACCUACCCGCUGGAUCGCAACCUCGUCUUCGACUACUUCGCCCUCUCCCCCUUCUACGACAUCACCUGCAACAACGAGUCCCUCCGCUCGCGCCAAAUCCACCCCCUCGACAUGUCCCAGCUCACGAAGAUGACCGGGCUGGAGUACGUGCUGAGCGAAGUGAUGGAGCCGCACCUGUUCGUGAUGCGCAAGCAGAAGAGGACGAACGCCGAGAAGUCUGACGCCUUGCUCGCCUACUACAUCCUCGACGGCUCCAUCUACCAGGCGCCCCUGCUUGGCAGCGUUUUCGCCUCCCGCAUAACAAUUCUUUUUAUUUACUGCAAGUUGCGAAACAAAAGUAGCAUAACUGGAAUUUUUGUUUUGUUAUUUACAGCGGAAACAGAGGCUGAUGCGGCAGCUUCUGAAUCAAAGGCCCAAAAGGAAACAAUUGACUUGAAGGAGUUGAAACGAGUGGAUCACAUCCUCAUGUCUUUGCAACGAAAGCUGCCUCCUGCUCCUCCCCCUCCACCCUUUCCGGAUGGUUAUGUCCCAUCAGAACAAGAGAAAGGGCCAGAUGAUCUGUUGGCCUCGGAGCCAUUGCCUCCUGCAAUUGACCCCAUCAUUGAUCAAGGGCCAGCAAAAAGACCAAGAUUUCAAUGA